AUGACUAUCCACACCGACCUACCGCCCCCUGAGGCGAAGGCCUCUGACACCGAGUUCUGGAGCGAGCAUAUUCGGUCCGUAAUUGGGCCUUUGAUGAAAGCGACCGGCAGCUACUCCGGCACCGCGCAAGAAGCCAACCUUCGCUUUCUUGACAACUACAUAGCGCCGGCACUAGGCCCUCACCCUACGGUUGCGCACCCCACCUACGUCGCCCCAUGUACCAUCGUCGGGACUCUUUUCAACCCUAGCAUUAGUCUUUCCGCUAAGGGCAAGCCCACUGUCCGCUUCGACUACGACCUGCCUCUGCCGCUAGACCGUGCCUCCUCUGAUGAUCCCUGGGGCGAGGGCAAGGCGCGCACUCUCUUCCGUCGGCUGGCCGCCGCACUCGGCGCGGAUACCCAGUGGCUAGAGUACUUCAUGGCACGGUUGUUCCUGUCGCCUGCCGAGACGGAGGCCCUGCGGAGCAAGAUCCCUGCUGAUCUCGUCAUCCCCUCCGCUAUGGUGGGCGUGGCGUUCGAUGAUGCGCAGCCGCGCUUGAAGGCCUGGGUGCCGACCAUGCGGCGGGCCAUUCUGGAAGGCCGGUCGUCGAACGAGAUCGCAGUCGAGGUGCUGCGCGGUUUGAGCCCGCUGGGAAGCGAGAUCACGCCCGCCAUCGACAUGGUAGAAGCAUGGAUCGCGGCGAGCCCGCACGACCCGCGGCUGAUGCUGGUAGGUAUGGACUGCGGGGAGCCACGCGACUCGCGACUUAAGAUUUACCUCGUAACGACCAAGAAUUCGUGGGCGACGGUGCAGGACGUUAUGACUUUGGGAGGGCGACUCGACGACGAGCCCACGCGCAAGCAGCUCGCGCUACUACGGAAAAUCUGGCCGUAUCUGAUUAACGAGCCGGAUAACACGCGUAUCGCCGACGAGAACUGGUGUAAGCCUGAGCGCAUGCCGCGUGUGGGCUUUUUUGGCCUGAUGUACUCGCUCGAGAUUAAGCCCGGCAGACCUACUCCUGAGGUAAAACUUUAUGUGCCGCUAUUCCAGUAUGCGGAGAGCUGGGCUAUCGCCGAGAACAACAUGGAGACAGUACUAAAGCUACUGGAUAUUGACUGGGGGCACAGUGGGAAGUACCGGCAGGCCAUGGAGAUGACAUUUGGCAAGGGAAAUUCGUACGGGCAGAUUUUCGUUGCAUAUUCGUACUCCGAACGGACCGGAGGAUAUAUUAACUCGUAUGUGAGCAUGCCGGUUAAGGACGUGCCGGCGCAUGCGUUUACAGGAGAUUACGUGUAG